CCGCCGAGUGUUUCAGAGGACUUAACGAUUGAUUCAAUCAGAUUGAUUCAAUCAGAUUAAAUCAGAGAUUGAUUAAAUCAGUCAGAAAGUAGGCCGCUGUUUAUGACGAUACGCCGAGAGAAAAAAAACAAAGGGAACAUUUACGGGAGACUAGCCUGAACUGAAUCAAAGAAGAGAUAAGGGAGCGUGAUUAGUCUUAUGGUCAUGAAACUGCCACAGAGCAGAAAAUUACUCAGAGCGUCAGAGUUGGAAAAUACGGGAACAUCCAGCAAUGCAGUUAUAUUUAAUAAACUUCCCCUGGGCUUCGAUCCGUAAUAUUGAGCAGUAGGUGGCGGUAAUGCGUCUUAAAUAUGGAUGCCAGCGCUACUUAUUAAAAAAAUACAAGAAGAAGACAAGCGUGACCAUUUUACGUCAUCUGGUGGGCGUAUUUAAGCAUCUGGCGCGAGUUCCGUAGAAAGGACUCGAGCAGCUAUUCGUGUAUUACCCUGUACUACAAGGCUCUCCUCAACCUCCUUGGACUAAAAUGACUUCCAAUAAAACCCUGAAGCAUUCUGAAAAGUCAUCUGAGAAUGUCAAGAGCUUGUUCACAGGUUCUAAUCAGUACAUGGGGCCUGCCAGGAAAACUUUUCAGGUCCUCCAGCCCUUAGCUGUCAACAAGAGCAUGGGGAGGUUAUCCCAGACAGGGAAGGUCAUUCCCAAAAGGAAGGAGUGGGACGUUGAACAGGUGAAGGACUCAAAGAGGGUGAAGGCCACACAAACGGAAACAAACUGUAUGCCAGAUGAAGUCUCCACAGAAGCUUACGAGCUCAUGGUUAAAGAAACCCCUCCUUCCUCCUACUGGAAAGAGCUGGCUGAGGAGCGACGGAAAGCCCUGUAUGAUGUUCUCCAGGAAAACGAGAAGUUACACAAAGACAUAGAGGAAAAGAAUGAGCAGAUAACCCAGCUGAGGAGUGAGAAUGAGGAACUGCAGGAACUGGCACAACACGUGCAACACAUGGCAGACAUGAUUGAGAGGCUUACUGGGAAGGACCCUGGCAGUCUAGACGAGUUGAGGGAAAUUGCCGUUGAACGGGAACCGGAAGAUGCAAAUGACGGCGAUGAGCUUGAUGACGCCAAUUAUAGUGCCAGGGAAGAAGAGGAUGAGGACGUGGCCUCGGACCACGAGGGAGCCGGACCCUCGGGAGAGCAGGAUUAGUCGAAAGAACUAUUUGUGUCAUGGUGCUUUGACAUACCUGUUCUGGCAGGCAGGUUUUAUCCAGAUUGUUCUUAGGUGGUGUUAUGGGUGGACAUGUUUGCUUUUUAUUUAAAUGUUGUUUUUUAACUUGCACCAUUUGAACUGAAUUGUGGUCUUUCUUUUUUUUUAACCUAUGUUUUAGCUGACAGUUAUCAGUUAAAAGCUGUUUAAAUCAAUAAAACCUCCAGUAGUUGGAUGAUCCUCAUUGCCACGGGGGUGGCACUGUAUUUAUUUCAAAUUUGAGCCUGUAACAUCGGUGUGUUGCUGCUUUGUGAACAGGAUUUUGCUGUGGUGCAGUUUUAUUGCACAUAUGUGUACAUAUUCCUUUUUUAAUAUCUCGGAUCUUUUGUUGCCAACAGUAAGAUUUUAUGUCAAGGAAAGGGCAAGCCUGGAAUGCCUGUAAUAAAUUACAUCCUAUAUGGAAGUCUGACAUCUCUGACAAGACAAAACUAGCAUUCUUCAGAGCAUGUGUUGAAAGUAUCCCACUUUAUGGGUCGGAUAGAUGGACCAUGAAAAAAGAUCUUCAGGCGAGACUUGACGGAACAUACACAUGUCUGCUUGUGAGAGUUAAGAACAUCUCCUGGCGGGAGCGCAAAACUGAAAUUGACAGUGAUACCCUUUCUAUCUCAACCAUGGUUGCACAGAGGAGAGCGCGUUUUGAAGGACAUUGUUAUAGAGUAAAAGAUCAGAUUAUAUCUGACGUUAUCUGUAUGCAUCUCCCAUGUCCUAACAGGAAGGUGACCUUUCAACUACAUGGACUGUA